GUCCCGUGUCCGGUUCGCUGUACUAGAAUUGUGUCUACGAGGAGCGCGAUCGUGCGUUUGCUUGCACAGAGAACGCAACGUCUACAAGAUCAAGAUCAUGCCUGCCACUGCUGCUCGAGUGGUCGCGUCCGACCACGACCGGGUGCGGGCCAUUACCAGCGCUGCGGCUGCGAAAGCCGAAGAGGUCCGCAUGAAGCAGGAACUGAUGGCAACGCUGCAGCAGGACGCAGGAAGGACAGCAGAUGGGAAGGUGUUGCAGCUGUCUCUCAUGACGAAGCACCUAGAAGAAGAACAACGAAGCACCAUGAGAGCGCACGCUCGGACCAGCACUGGUCCCGUCUCUACGUCGAGUUACGCAAGCGAACGGAGCCUCGAUGCUCUGCUGUCGGAAAUGGAGCGGGCAGCGGAGGGUAGGCCCCCCAAACAGUACAUCGUCGAGGGGUGUGCACAGCUGUUUGGCCAGACCGAGGGCGACAAGAGAGUCGAUCACUCGAGUGCCGGGGUCACGUCACGGCGAGACAUGUGCCUGGAGCUUGCACUGAUCGGAAAGCUACAAUCGCCAAUUGCGUAAGUAGUACUACAAGAGACUGCUCAACAGCGUUUGGAAAAAGCAAACUAUAACUGGAUGAAAAGCUCCCGUUCUUGUUCUCCGUUCGCCAACCCGGUCCGCUCGUAGCGCUAGGCGCCAGUGCGCACAGUAAGCAAGUGAGUCGCGCCGUGGCCGUCCCCGGGGGGCGUUCUCUGGCCUUACUUUGCAAUCAACUCCACGUAGCAGGAACGAACAGCGGAAGAAGAGAGCUGCUAGCAUCGCAGGCAGAAAAGUAUCAACGCCAGCUACAAGAACAGCUCCAGGGGGCUCCCGCAUUCUUCCUCCUCCUCGUCGUCGACCCUUUGUCGUUCCCGGCAAGUCCGCAAUCGCCACACUCGUGCAGUCGAGUUCGACGUGUCGGCCUUUUCGUCUUCGGCCUUCUCAGCAAAAGCACGAAGUGGCCCUAGUUUUGAAUGUCUCGAAAAAUAAUAAACGCUCCCGAGCUGCCCGGUGCAAGAAAAAGAAUCGUUCGCGUAGUGCCGUCUAUCUUCUGAU